CUGUUUUUUGAUUGUUCACCUAAACGUUAAGACUGAUAUUAUUACAUGUUACGGCUGAGUUGUUGUUUCGGAAGAAAUUAACAACGGCUGAGUUAAAUCCGAGUUACAUAAACAUAGACUGACUUAUGAGUACAGAAUCUGAGUAAACAAAGAAGUAGUAGUAGCAACUAAUACAUUUAAGACUUCAUCCUAAGACAUUCAAUAAUUUUUAUGAUCUCAGUUAUGUCUUUCUUCAUAUCAUCUAAUUCUGCUUUUAUAGCGGCCAAAUCCUGCUCUAUCGUCGCGAGUUUGUUUGCCACAACUACAAACUCUUCAUCAUGUGCUUCAUCAAGCCAUUUGAAAACAUGGUUUUGACCCGAAUUUGCUCCACAUCGAUAAAAUCUUCUACCCGGAUUCUUUAUUGUACCUGACGUUAACACAAUGGUAGCAGCUCCACAGUCGCACGUCCUUGGAAUUCCACGCUGUAGAUCCAUCUAAUUUAUACAUCAUAGCACACAAAAAUAAUGCAAAAUCGAACAAGGCCAAAAUACAAAAAAUAAUUCAAAAUCGAUUUUGGACGAAAGAGACUUACUUUAGGUUUUAGAAGUCGACUCUGGUUUUUCCUUUAUCUUUUACUUGUAAAUAUUGGAAAUAUAAUAGGGAAAUCAUAUUAAAUAUAAAGAUCACGCGUGUCCAAAUAAAAUAAACAUAUAAUGACCUCGAUAUCGUAAAUUACUCGGACAUGCGUGUCAGAACAUAACUCGACACUGAGUUAAAUUAUGUAUGACUCUUUUGGCCAACUUUUAUUUUUAGACAUCAUUAAAUAUUAACAAUUUUACGGCUGAGGUUUAGUUUUCGGUAUUAUUAAUUAUUAACAAUGUUACGGCUGAGUUUUAUUCUUCGGCAUUAUUAAUUAUUAACAAUGUUACGGCUGAGUUAUAUUUUCCGGCAUUAUUUACUUUACACAAGAAAAAAAAAAAUCAUUUUCGUCCCAACGCGAAAAAAAAAGAAAAGCUCUCGACGACAGGCGAUUUCGAAGCGUCUCGAUACGAAGGUAAAACCGAAGCCUCUCUUUUGCAGAUUUGUGGAUUCAGCUUAGGUUCGAUGAUGUUUUCUUCCCAUUCUUUUCUUGUUUGCAGAUGCCUAAUUCGCACAAACCUCAUUUCUUGAAGCCUCUGCUUCCCGAUUUCCACAGUGGCGUGACAAUACCACUUGGCUUCUUCUCACAGCACAUAGAAGGGAAGACAAACCGGAAAACAUGGAAACUAAGAUCGGACGCUACAGAUCAAACUUGGGAAGUGAUACAAGAAGGCAGGAGACUCACCGGAGGUUGGAAAGAUUUCACCACAGCACAUGACCUUCAAAUCGGUGACAUUGUCAUCUUCAAACACGAAGGAGAUAUGGUGUUUCAUGUCACACCAUUUGGUCCUAGCUGUUGUGAGAUUCAGUAUACACAUCCUCACAUCAUCAAGGAAGAAGCCGAUGCGGAUGAUGCUCCUUCUUUCUCAUUUGACUAUUGUUUUCAGGCUGAGGUCACUGCUUCGAAUCUAAAAGAAGACAAACUUUAUCUUCCUGAGGGAGCUACGACUUGUACUGCUUUGAACAAACAAUGCCAAGAGAUAAUACUUGUCAACAAAGAGGGAAAUUCAUGGACUGUGAGUUUGCGAUUUAGCGAAGCAGACGGCAUGUAUUACAUCAGAAGAGGCUGGAGAAAGUUCUGUCGUGCUAACAGAUGCGCCAUAGGAGACUUAUUUGUGUUCAAUGUGGUUGGAGAUGGGAAAACUACUCCACUAAUGUGUGUAUGUCCGGAAAGGGAAGAGUGAUUUUGAACCUAAACUUAUGUAUGUCGAACCAGAAAUUUAUGUAUGUCUCUUUUUAUGGCUGACUAAUAUUCAUAUUAUGGUUGAGUUAUUGUUUAUGUUAUUGUUUGAUUAUGACUGA